AGUCUAGUUGGUCAGGAUAUUCGGCUCUCACCCGAAAGACCCGGGUUCAAGUCCCGGCAACGGAAUUUUAAAUUUUUUCGCGCCCCCGCCAUCUUCCCACACGACGGAAACGACGUCAGUUCAUCUCGUCUCUCACGCCCAGAACUGGCCGAACUCCUGUAACGUUUCCCUCCUCACCACUUUCCCAGAAAAAUUUCCGGUUCUCUUCUCCGAAAUUAGGGUUUUGGUGUCUGCUUCAAUUACCAAGGUUCGCGUUUCCUCCGCUUAAACCCGGUAACGUUGCUAGACAUCUUGCUUUCUCAGUGUUUUCGUCGGUUCCCUUUCAAAUUCGGCCCGCUUUCUGUACACCCACAAAUCGCUGUGUGACUCUGGUCAUUCCGUUUAGUUACUCUUUCAGUUCUUACCGUCGUUGGAUGUAUUCCGUUUCGAGCUUGAUGUGUUGAUUUCGAAGGGGGUUGAGAUUCUAUUGUUUCUUCCUCUCCAGCCCCAGCCAAUUGAAUGGUGAUAUCGAUCAGUCUGCUCUUUGAUUAAGCAUUGGAAUCUUUUCGGGUUGCUCUUGUAAAAAGGUUUACCGUUUAGGCAUACGGCAUCCAACUAAUGGCAUGCACUGCAAUGAGUUUUACGAUGAGCGAUUUCGUCGUAAAAUCAAUUAUUCGUAGACAUUCUUCAAUCCGUUCUCUUUGGCUCACUCCUAGGUUAUCUUGUAGCUGUGUUCCUAGAAAUAGCUGCAGUAUUUCAUGAGCAGCUGGACAAACGAGUCUACUAACAGAUAUUUAGGAAUUUUUGUGUAGCUAACCCAAGAUUAGUCUUUUCUGGUCUAUUAGAUAUGGUUUCUUCUACAGAGGAUGCUCUACUUUCCCCAUGAACACAUAGUUCCUUUUUCUCGUGGCUUUUUUUUGAGAUUGUGCUUCAUGUGUCUUUCAGAAAUGGCUGUCAAUGAGGAUCCUGCAGAAGGCUCUAUACCUUCCAUUAUUCUCGAGUCUCUUGUAUCUUCCCAGAACGGUGAUUCUCUUUCCACUGAAGACAUUGCUUGGGCUGAUUCGUGCCUAGUCAAAGACCCCGAUAUUUCAGCCGGUGACUGGAGCUCUAUCAAAGAUGCUUUGCUAGAAGUGCUUAGCCUAGUACCUGAAUCACUGGACUCCUUGUCCGGAGACAUGGAUGGCUGUGUUGGGGGAACUGAUGAUUUCCAGAUGCUUCCUCCUGAUCAAGCUGUGGUAAUUGAGCAGCCUUCUUUGAGAAGUGAUGAUAAUUAUCAUGUGACAGUUGGCGAUGAACCAAACCUGAACGUUGAUGCUAUGCUAUCGAAGGAGGAAAUGGAUGUCUUGUACUCCCUACAGUUUCUGAGUCAAGAUCCUGAGACUUUCAAUGGCGAUUGGAAUUCUAUGAGGGACGCUGUGGAGAGAAUACUUUCAUUGCGCCCUAAAGAGAUCGGGAGCACGGUGACACUUCAUGAUGUUGAGGAUGCAAAAUCUUCUGCAGGAGCAGAUCGAGAUUUUGAUUAAGAACCAAAAAUGAAGCCACAGCAGGCCAACAGUGAUACAUCAGAGAGUUUCCAGGUGGGUGCCUUGAAUGAUAACCCUAAAGAAUCCAAGCAGAGUGUUUCACUACCAGCUGAUACAACCAGUCCAGCAGAAGAUGCAGGAGUUACAAGUAGCGAGAUCUUUAAGCUGUGGGAUUUGGGAAUUCCUGCUGAAGAAGAAGAGGAGGAUGACGAGUUAAUAAAAAAACUGAACAGGGCGCUUGCUGAUAGUUCGGUUCAGUCGAUUGCACCGGUAGUUGAUGAUUCCGAGACAAUGCGAGAUUUGAAAGUAGGCGCACUUGAUUAUUUGAUCGCUGGCAUUGGAGACCUAUCCAUCAAGCCGCAUUCUGGUUAGCUUUUGAUAGGCAAAAUAGGCAUUCCUCACCCGUGUUAGUGUAUAGCUUUCCGCUGCCAUUUCUAGUUCAACUUAGAAUAUGUUUGUCGUGGCGAAAACUAUGAUGUAGAUUGAGAUUUGAGAAUGUAGAAACCUUUCAGCUUGAUGAAUGAUAAUUAAGAACAGAGUCACAU